GAAUAAGUGUUGAACAGUUCUAUAAUGGCACUUUUACCUGUAGAAAGAGACACUUUUGUAGAUUCAAAUACUUUGAAAGAGACUUGUUCUUUAACGAAAUUGCAAGCUCUCCAGAUUCAGAAAAAUUUGAUUAAACUUUGGGAACCUGCACGUGAAAUAUGGGCAUUAAAAUAUGGAAGCUACUUUGUUGGAAUAUCAGCUUCUAUGACGUCGUUAAUGAUUAAUAGUUUAUUCAAACGUAAAUUAAAAUUACACUAUGCUGGAGAAAUAGUAACAACGCUUGCUUUGAUGAUAGGUCCAGCGGGAUUAGCAACUUUUAUUCACGAUACCUAUAUUACAGACAAUAUAUUGUUAUACAAAAAACAGUGUCCAAUAUGCACUGAAGUAAAAGCAAGUUUAUACUUAAAUGCCAAUGCUAUACUAUAUCCUUUACUUCUAUCACCAGCAAUAACUCUUGCGGUGGCAGGAAAUCUGGGAUUAAGAAUUCCAUAUAUAUAUGAAGUUAAAGAGAUUUCUAAAUUUUGGUGGAGUGUUGUUAAACCUGCAUUUAAUCAUCUUACAGUUGCAUUUUGUUUAAAUUCACUUCUUGCUGGUGUGGUUGUAUAUAAACAGUUUGAAGCAGCAGACAGAAUGGCAAAUAUUAUACGGAAAGUUAAAGAAUAUACUGAAAGAAAUCAAAUAGAGAAAGAAGCUUAAAUAUCUUGAUUUAGUAUAUUCUGUAUAUAUAUAUAUUUAUGUAUGAUGCAAUACAUAUUUAAACAUGUAUUUAUAAAUGUAGUGAAAAU